AUGAAUGCACGGUUUGACUAUCGUCAAGUCGCUCCUAGUGCGAGUGUUUCUUUUAGCUCAUGGACUAGUCUUGGCUUUUUACUUGUUGAAACAGGCAUUGUUAUUUGGCUUCGAAAUGGACAUGAAUUUAAAGUUAUUGCUUUUUGUAUCAUAUUUUAUUUGGCAUGUACAACACCAUCAUUAUGGAUAAUUCAUAUUGAAACAGCAAAUAGAAAAUUGUAUCGUCUUGCUGAAAAUAAACUUAAUGCUCGAGCAGCUGUACCAUCUGUUCAUCUUCGACAACAACAACAAUUUAUUUCUAAUAAUUCAGCAUCUACAAUAUCACGUUUAAUAUCAAGUACAACUCCACUUAUUCUAACUAUAGGACAUGUUGAAUGUCAUGAUAAAGCAUGGUAUUAUAUGGAUGAACAACGUUGGCUUGAUGCAAUACAAGAAACUAUGCUUGUUGUUUUAGCAAUAUGUCGUUUAUUGUUAAGUCGUGAACAUAUGAGUGUUGAAAAAAGUGGCAUUAUUUUAAUGAUAACUAUAAUUAAUGGUGCUGAUCUAUUAGCUAUGUCACAUUCAUUACAAUAUCAUGAUGUUAUCAUUGAACGUCUUUGGAUGUAUAUUGGUUUAGCUCUUCUAACAAUUGGUUUAUUUCAAAUGGCAUUUAUUGAUACAGAUGGUUUAACACCAACAUCAAAUCCAAAUUCAAAGAAUAAAGUUAAAAAACGAAUGCAUUUUCUUCAAGAUCAAAAUUUAUGUCCACUUUUUCGAGUAAAAAUCUAUAUACAAUUAUUUAAUUGUUAA